AUGUCGCAUUUUUUUUUCCGAAUAACCGAAUUUUUUUUUGUAAUUUUCUCAUUAUCCCGAUAACAAACAAACGAAAAAAAUGUUUGAAAGAAAAUUAUUAGCAUUACAAUAUGAUCGACCAUCGAUCAAUGUUGAUGAUGAAUCUGAAUUCCAGAACAUUAUCUAUUGGCUUGAAAGUAUGAAGAUUCGUUUCUAUCCACCGAAUGAUCGUGGUUGUUUGAUGGCCGGAUCGGAUAAUUGGAAUGAAUCAUAUACUAAAUAUUUGAAUGAAAUUAAUUAUAAAGGACCACGUGAUGAUCGAAAAAUUGCCAUUGAUUUUCUAUUGAAUUUAGCAUUACGUUUUGAAAUGGAAGAUAUUCGUACACAGAUGCAUAUGUCACCCGGUGAUGUUUCCGAUAUGAUUAAUCUUGAUCAAGGUCCUUCGGGUAUAGAUUUCGGUGAUGUUGAUAUUAGUUCACCUGAAUUUGUUGAAGAAUUACGUUCUUUAUCACAAUUAUUGAAUGUACCAUUCUAUGAUGAUGAACCAUUGGUUACAUUACGGGCUAUCGCUAUAUUAUUAUGUAAAUUACGAAAAUCAUCAAGAAAUAUUGAACCUGAACAAAACAUUAAUAAUAAUAAAAAACAGAAAAUGAUUGCCAAAGUUGAUGAAACAAUUUUGAAUAUGAAAUUUUCAAAAAAAUCUCAAUAUGAUAAAAUUGUUAAUCGUUGUGCUAAUGUUUUACGUUUACUUUACAUUAAAGAUUUACGUGAUCUACAGACCGAAAUCAACAAUGCAAUUGUACAGGUUCAAUCGGUUACGGCAAAUCCUAAAACUGAUUCAACACUUGGUAAAGUUGGAAGAUGAUUUAAUUUUUGUAUCCAAAAAAACUCUUUAUUUUUCUCAAAAAGAAACAAAAUUUUUAUCAAUGAUUUUCAAUGAAAAA